ACACGUGUAGGCUAAGAAGUCAAUACGAUUUCAUUAAUUUAACACAUUAGAGAUUUUAGACAGUGUUUUAUGUAUGUUGGUAAACUGUUAUUCCCCACCAGUUUGGAACAAACUUGCGAUUACAUCAUGGUGAAAGUAUUGCCUGGGAGAGUAUUAUCGCUGUGGUAAAAAAAACAGAUUGAGAAGGUUUGUGUACAAUGUGGUUGAGUGGGGGGAAAGCAAUCAUGUUCAGCUUAGCGUAGAGAAAGAAAUCGCUGCAAUCUAAUUUUCCAUAACAAUCUCCUGUUAAAUUAGCUCAUAGCCUUAUCAUUAUGGAUCCACUGACGAGUUUUGGUCGGGAUAUUCCAUGCAGUCCUCGAACAUUGGUUAGCCCCAUUCUCCAGCUUUGCAUAGCUGUAUGCAUACUGCCUUCUGUCUCCACUGAUAUGCUCGCAUACAAGAGAGGACGCAACCUCACCAUUCAGUCUUCACAGCUGGUUUGCAGUUAUCCAGGCCCUCAGGGGCCUCCAGGUCAACCAGGGGCCUUUGGGUCUCCUGGCAUCAUGGGCAGGAUGGGGUCUCCAGGAAAGGAUGGCCAGGAUGGGAAGGAUGGGGAGUCGGGAGAGAAGGGGGUGAGAGGAGAUGCUGGUCGACCCGGAAAUCCUGGAAAGCCUGGACCGAAAGGCCGUCUUGGGAUAGUGGGGAAAGCAGGAGCCAGGGGCCUCAAAGGUGUGCGUGGGGCCCUAGGUCUGGCUGGUGUGAGAGGAGGGAAAGGGGACCCUGGAGACCCAGGAGAAGCUGGAGCCAUGGGUGGCUGCAGCUGUGGAUCAAGGGGGCGGUCAGCCUUCUCUGUGGCAGUAACAAAGAGUUACCCAAAGGAGCGCUUACCCAUCCGCUUCAACCGCAUCCUGAUGAAUGAAGGGGGGCACUACAAUGCCAGCAGCGGCAAGUUUGUAUGUGCCGUUCCAGGUGUGUAUUUCUUCACCUACGACAUCAAUUUGGCCAACAAACACUUGGCAAUUGGAUUAGUACAAAAUGGUCAAUAUAAAAUCAGGACCUUUGAUGCUAACACGGGCAAUAAUGAUGUGGCAUCGGGGUCAACAAUUUUGCGUCUGAAGAAGGAUGACCAAGUUUGGCUGCAGAUUUUCUACUCAGAACAGAAUGGUUUAUUUUUUGACCCAUACUGGACAGACAGUCUCUUCACAGGAUUUCUCAUUUACGCAGACCAGGACUUUGAUGUGGAGAGCCAAAAAGCUGAUGAAGGAUCCAGAUGAUGUUGUGAACUUUAGGAAAUGAUCAGUAGAGUGUUAUAGGCCUGUUCAGUAAAUGAAACUUUGCGCUGUCAGUGUAUCAUGCAACAACAGGCAGUUUUUGUGUACUAAAAAGUGUUUUUAAUAGUAUACAUUUUUGCCUUGUUGAAACACUUGCUAAUAGAAGUGUCAAGCAACAUUAUUGUAUGUUGGACUAAAUGUUACUGCAAUAAUAACGAAAACAUUUCCCCAUAUUAUGUCCAAAUUUUAAAUGAUAUAAUCACUCUUUUCACAAAUAACACUAUAACGUGCCUGCUUAGAUAUUAUUGUGUUGUCUUGUCUAGCCUUGUGGUGUUAACAUUUUGAAGCAAUCAUUUUAAACAUGAAUCAUUCUGUGUCAAAUCAGAUAUGGUUGUUACCGACUUUGUUCAGACCUAUAUUAAGAAUGGGUCCCAAAACCAAGGCCUGUCAAACACUUCAGUUCAAAUCUAACUGAACCAUUAAUAGUUUGCAUGUCAUGCUCACUGACUUUCUACAAGGCCGUAGAUUUGGGGGAAAGUGCAAAAAGAGUGGGCAUGCAGUACAAACUCUUGGUCCUGUCUGAGAACAUGUUUGUCUUCCAUCUUUAAAAGAUUGGGCAAGCUAGGAGUAAAGAUUUUAGAGAUAUUAUGUAGCCUACAAACUUUGAGCAAAAUUUGAGACGGUGCAAUAAUCAAUUUCCUGGUUUCUGUCUGAAUUCACACGGAAUGACCCACAUCCUAUUGUAAGUCCAAAAGGCUGUUGUUGUAUUUUUGGGCAAAUCA